CUUUGGGUCAAAAACAUAUUUUAAUUUGCAAUAUUUUAUUUCCCAUUUUGUUGUCAUAAUAUUAUUAUUUCAAUUUUGUAAUCAAUUUGAAGAGAGAGCAGAAAGCAUGAAGGAAUAGAACAAGGGAAGAUUCAUUUUUGACAUGGAAGCUGAUGUUUCGCUUCUUUUUGCACUCUUUUCCAAACCCUAAUUUUCAAAUUUCCCAAUUUCUUCUUCACACUUUCUGCUUUGUAUGAUUUUCAUCCCAAAAUCUUUUCUUUCGUGCUUUUCGAAUCUAUUGCUUUAAUGGGUACCUCGAAUCUUUGCUUUUUUUUCUUCUCUCUGGUGAGUUUGUCUGCUAUGGCGGCUGCUAAGGUGGUUCUGAUUGGGAAUAACAUCACUCUCUCCUUCGAUGAUAUUGAAGCUAAUUUCUCUCCGUCGGUCAAAGGGUCUGGAGAAUAUGGAGUCUUAUUCUUGGCAGAGCCGCUAGAUGCAUGUACAGAAGUUACAAAUAAAGCUAAACAAUUUCCGAAUACUAGUUCACCUUUUCUUUUGAUGAUUAGAGGAGGGUGUAGCUUUGAGGACAAGGUUAGGAUGGCACAAAAGGCUGGCUACAAAGCUGCAAUAAUCUAUGACAAUGAAGAUGGCGGCAUCCUAGUUGCAAUGGCAGGAAAUGCAGCUGGUAUAAGAAUACAUGCGGUAUUUAUAUCAAAAGCUUCGGGUGAAAUACUAAAGAAAUACACUGGUUUGACAAAUGUGGAAACAUGGCUCAUUCCAACUUUUGAAAACUCAGCAUGGUCUAUCAUGGCCAUUUCAUUUAUUUCCCUGCUAGCUAUGUCUGCAGUGCUGGCUACUUGUUUCUUCGUCCGCAGGCAUCGCAUAAGAAGAGAAAGGCCUCGAGCUUCUUCUCAUGUUCGUGAGUUUCAUGGAAUGAGUAGCCGCCUAGUGAAAGCAAUGCCAAGUUUGAUCUUCACUUCUGCUUUGGAAGAUAACUGUACAUCAAGAACGUGUGCUAUCUGCCUUGAAGACUAUUGCCCUGGAGAGAAACUCAGGAUUCUGCCCUGUUGUCACAAGUUUCAUGCUGUCUGUGUGGAUUCUUGGCUUACUUCAUGGAGAACCUUUUGCCCAGUUUGUAAACGAGAUGCAAGAACGGGUUUGUCUGACCCACCACCUUCAGAAUCCACACCCCUGCUGUUAUCAACCCCAUCCUCUGCGGCGUCCUCUUUCAUGUCUUCUAUGAGGUCAUCAUAUGCUUCAUCUUCAGCAAUACAAAUUGCUUCACAUUCACAAUCUGCUUCACGUAACCACUCUUUAGCUAGUACCCCUUUCAUGCAGCCAUCUCUAAGGUCCUACCGCCAAUCCCCCUCUCUUAGCGUCAGCCGUAGCUCUGUAGAUCUUAGGAAUGCAUCCCAAAGAUCUCUAGCUUCGCACAUGAAUUCACCGCGUUCCAACGGUUACCCAUCUAUGUCAUCUCUUAACUCAAGAUACUUGUCUUCACAUGUUCCGAGUCCAAGCAUCGGUUCAGUAAGUUUCCUUGGUUCAUCCAGUCAUCAGCAACAUCCACUCCGUCAUAGCGAGUCAGCCGCAAGCUUCUCACCAUUUGUGUCCGCCAGCUCCCUCCCGGACUGUUAAACUGUUCAAUCUGAAUUAAUCAUAUGAUUGAGAUAUCUAUGCAGUUGAACGGAAAAGUGGGCAAACGAUGACUGUCGGUCUAUUUCCAUGUCUGUGUCUCCUCUGGCAAACGAUUUCCUUGUUGGCAUCUGGUGUACAUUGUAGCAUCUUUGUGAUGUUAGUUUUCUUAAUUUUUGAGGUUGGUGAGGUUGAGUAUAGUAGUCACCAAUGUGUUAUGUUUGUGCUUUGAAUAUUAUGUUUUCAAAGUAUAGUUAACUGCUGCUAACAAGAGAAAUGUUGGAUUGUAUAGACAGAUUGAAGUCAGAAGAGUUGUUUGUAUUUUGUCUAAUGUGUUUGUCCAAUUGAAUGAUGAGAUUAUGUGAUACUCUUGGAGUUACCUAUA